UGUGAUUAAAAAAUAGUUAGGGCGGAUUUCACCAUUCGCUACAGAAACCUAGUUUAACAAAACUAAGUUUAGCUUAACUGAGUUUAAACAAAUAAUUUGAACUCAGUUUAAGUCAAACCGAUUUCACCGGCUAUAAACUAAUCGCGUUUAGUAAAACUAAGUUUACAUGAAGUGUUGUCACGAUCAUAGACAAAACCACGGAAGUAUUCGAUGCGUUUUGUAUUUGCAACAUCUUGGCAACAUUAAACAGCGCCUUGCUGCCCCUUUUUUAACAAUUUUUAGUUGCAAGAACAAAGCGCAUUGUCAUUGUGCUAUACUCUUUGACAACUCAUUAUCCUUGAUUAUCCUUUUCUGAUCGGUGUUUGUCAUUGUGUUUCUCUUUAAAAAUUUUAUUAGUUAAUUAUUUAUUUGAAAUUGAUAUCGAUAUAAGUUUUUUAGUUAUAGUAUUUUGUUUUGUUUAUUUUGUAUUGUUAGUUGUUACGUUGUUAGAUUGUUACCUACUAGUUAAUUAUGUCAAAAAGAAAAAGAGACGCCACUUUUGCCGCCAGCGAAAAAUUGGCUCUUGUUGAAGUCGUCGAAAGACACUUCAACAUUGUCGAAAAUAAAAAAACGGACGCGGCUUCAGUGGCUGAAAAACGUGAAGAGUGGCGCAAAAUAGCCACUGAAUUUAAUACUGUGUCCUGCCUGCACCCCAGGGAGUGGGAGGUCCUAAAAAAUUGCUGGGAAAACCUAAAAAAAAAGGCGAAAAAUAAAUUGACGCUUCAAAAUCAGCACUUUUUGGGAACAGGAGGAGGACCACCAAAAAAAAUCAUUGACGAUCCUGCCAUUGAACGCGUGCUGCAGUUAAUUCAGUCAAGAGUGUCAGGCUUUGUUAAUGAGUAUGACUCUGAUAACACUCAGGUUAUAGCCUCAUCGCAACCUGAUACUCUUUCUGUAAGAAUAGCUGAUGAAGAACACGAUACAGUCCUAAGUGAUAUCAGUAACACAGUAUUGGUUCAGGAGAGUGAGAGUGGACCAAUACUGGAUGAAAAUAUAUCAACUGAGGCGGCCACCACUAUGACCCUUGACUGGUCUCAGUACAAUCCGAGUAUGUUAAGGGAGCCAAUGAAUCAUAUUCUUGGCAGAUUGGAAAGCCCGUUACCUGACAGACAACAACCAGCACAGCCUGAUGUGACUUUUUCUGAUGCACAACAAUUGCAUCACACACCAUCAAGGAUCCAUACUCGUGCACCAACACUAACUGCAGCGAGAAGCAGAAGGCGGCCAGUUUUGAGGCAUGAUACUAGUCAAAGCCUGAAUAAUGAAAGAAUACACACUCUGACUAUGACCAACAAACAUGCCCAAGAGGAGCAUGAUAUUCAUAUGAGGAUAUUGCAACAUCAAGAAGAACAAGAAAAAGUGAAGCUUGAACAAGAGAACAUAAAAUUGCAACAAGAGAAAAUAAAAUUAGAGCUGUUACAAAUACAGUUAAACAAAUUAAAAGAAUAAACUCUUUAUUCUUUUAAUUUGUUUAAUUUUAUAAAGUUCUAAUUUUAUGUACUCUUUUUAUUUUAUGCA